CAACUUUUGAUGGGUGAGAAUUUAGAAAUUGAUUAGGAUUUCGAAUUUUAUAUGAAUAACAUUGAUGAUGAUGAAUAAUUUAAUUAAAAUUAUAUAGAUUAGGAUGGUAGUUUGAAUUAUUAACUGAAAUGUAAUUUUGAUAAAGACGAACCGGAAAUUAAAGUAAAUUAAAUCCAAACUAAUAUCAAAAGAGAGCUUAAGAUAAUCUCAAUUAUGAGACCUAAUGAAUCUGAUGAUAGAGAUGAAGAAUUGUUAUAUUAGAAUAUUGAAGAGCACGAUGAAUAAAUUAAAUUUUAGGAUAAUGAUAAUUAAAAGAUGGAUAUUCAAUAAUCAAUAGAGAGAAAUGAUUUAAAAUCAACAGAGAAGAUCAGAAUCUAGAAUAAAAAAACUAAAUAGAAUGAUUACUCUAGCAUUUAAGUAGGUUCUGAUAAUAGCCCCAAAAAUAAAGAAAAAUAAUAACAUUUAUUAUAAUCAUAAUAAGUAGAAACCAAAAAUUUACCUAAUUAUUAUGGAAGAUAAUUUAUUAAUAGAAUUAAAAGAAAAUUAGAGUAAGAGUAAGAUGAAAAUAUUAAAUCUGAAAUGAAUUAAAAAUUAGAGAAGUUAAAAAAAAAAUAAAAAAUGUUUACUCUUAAAUCAUUAAGAGAUAUUUUAGAUGAAGAGUAUUUUAGAGAAGAGUCCAAAAAAUAUUUAAUCAGUUUUGAUUUUAUACAUGACUUGAUGCAAUCAGAUAAAUAAUAAGAUAUAAGACCUCCAAUAAAAUAUGCCAAAAGAAUGUAUGAAGGAUGUCUUAAUAGUAACAAAUUAUUUUAUUGGAAAGAUGUUUGA